AUGUUGUCGAAGUGGAAAACUUUGUCAAAAUCUUUCUCCUUUUUGCGUGCUGUUGGAAAGGUAAGAGCGCAAAUAAAGGUAUGAGGAAUAAGUGCAAUUUACUCUGUCUGAUUUCUACAAAGAAUAAAAUCUUAGCUCACUGGCACACGAAUUUCAGACCGUUCAACAGCCAAGCGCAGCCAACUCAAGAUGUUUUCAUCCUGCAAUUCCUGUGAUGUCUGACAAACUGUUUGUGGUAAGGCAACUUUUAAGGGUUUUUGGCAUCCAUUUACUUAUUAAAACUGAAGAUGGCCAAAUCCCGCUUUUGAGAGUUCUCGCAUGAUUUGUUGAGGGUAUGUUGUUGUUGCAUAAUAAUCUUCAAUACUAGCAGUAACCAAAGGUUAGGAAGUCCGGGCGAACAUGUACGUUUACCUUAAAGGUCGAUUGAUGUUGAGAAUCCCUUUCAAAACUGUGUACGUGAAUCAGAGAAAGCCGUCUUAGUUCCAGUGUCAACAGAAGGAAUCACGGCGGAUCAUGAACGUGGAAACUGAAUUAAACAACUCAUACAAUAUACAAGACUUGCUGUUGUGACAUAGGAGACCUGGAGAUUCGGCCUAUAUCCAUAUAUUUUUCCAUAAUUAUUUUUUUUGUCUCUAGCACCGGGAUACCCCAGAGAAUAAUGCAGACACUCCAUUUGAACUUACCCAAGAAAAUCUUGAGGUCAGUAAACAAUGGUUGUACAGUAUUGCCUUUAAGAUGUAUAAUAUACAAAAGAACCUCAAUAAACUCGAACUCAGAUGGCUCGAAUUGCCUGCUAAUUCGAACUAAAUUUCCUUUCCCUCGAUCAAAAUUUCACUGAAAUUUACCGCAACAACUUGAAUUCCUUACUAACUUGGACUGUUUUUCGUUUCCCUUCAGAGUUGGAGUUACCGAGGUUCUACAGUAUGUGUAUAAUUUAUGUUAUGGGUCAAAAUUAAAUUCAGGUUGAAGUUUUUAAUCCCAGGUUGACUCUCAAUUUCCAUUUGUCUCCUAGCCCUGAUUAUUCAAAAAUGUAUUGUAGUACUAGAACUUGCUGGAAAUUUGAUUCCUUUUGUUAUGUCCACUUACUGGAGCUUGUUAAAAAGCAAAAGAAAAGUCAAGGUUGGUUUUAACGAAAGUGUUUGCAUACACAGAAGUGGCUUCAUUUGGAAAUGUAUCUAUUAUAGAUGAGAGAGGGUGUGUGGGGGAGCUGUUAAUGGGGUUUUUUCAAGGUGGCUGUGAUGUAAGCAGAGCUUUUCGCUGCGUUCAUGCAGGUUUACAAAGCACAUGAACAGAGGGGCGUGGUUGUUCAAAAUAUGAACUAUUCUAUUGUUGUUAUUAUUAUUAUUGUUUUCUAUUUUUUUUUUUUCAGAGAGCUAAAGUGAUAAUGGAUAACUACCCCAUAGGACACAAGGCAGCAGCUGUUAUUCCACUGCUAGAUCUGGCACAAAGACAGCAUGGUAUGACACAGUAAACCCCUUUUAUCCCACGUGAAUCCUACAUGUGCUCUACAUGUACUACUACAUGUACUACUAUUUCAAAGUCACCUUUUGGCAAUCUAAAAAUUAAAUAUAAAAUGGUCACCAGACAUUUUAAAAUAUUGGUUGCCAGAAAAUGGGACACUUUGUGCAAUGCUACAUGAAUGUUUAAAAGAAUCAAAAUUGGUACUCAACCAUCUCAAUCGAAUUUGGAGGUGCAUGCGACAUCUCAAGGCUUAAUACUCAGAGAACCAGGGCAAAAUUAGGCAAAUUAUCAAUAAAACAGAGCAUACAGUGUAAAAUGAUAUUUAAUACAAAUUUAUAUCUCACUUUAACUUAAAAAGACCAUAAACACUAACUACUAGAAAAACACUUCUCGCAAAAUCUCGGGAAUAGCGUAGCAUGUGAUCGCUGAACACAGGUUGCCAAUUGUGACUUUCAAAGCAAUUUUAGUUCAUAAAAUUUUUUUCUACUUGCCAUGGUGACCAAAACGGCCAUAGCUUGGAGCACUACAUAAGAAUUAUUAAGGCUGCAUGUUAUACACUGUAAUUGCAUAAACUCAAGAAUAAAAAUUAAUUUAAUAUUAAAUAAUUAUUAACUUUUGUCCAUAUGCAUGUAAACAGUCACUAUGGGCCUCCAGCCUGUUUAUGGCAGCCUUCUUAGUAGUUUUGAUAAGAGGUACGUGCACAUGUCACUUGCAAUAAUGUUUUAGUCAUACUGAAGCUUAUGUGGACACAUCUCUGUUAUUCAUACUGUCACCCUGCAAAUGGGGUUGACAAGUGAAUUCCCAGCACAAAUUACAAAUGUUCAACUGAAACAAACCUUCAUUAUACUCUAAUCACACCGAAAUGAUUAUAAAAUAAUUAUUUUGUAACUAAUCUAAAUACAUGUAAUCACAAAACACAGAAUACAGUACAGGCCACGGGCAUUGCAACAUUACACGCGUGUUUCAUUCAUGGAAAUCCGCCAUAUUGCAUGCAAAUUCCACGAGAACAACACGUGUGAAACACUCGUGUAAAAAUAUACAUGCAAAAAUACACGAGCAAAUGCAAGCAAAUUAGGAAAAUUUGCGUGUAAAACUUUACAAGCAGAUUGUUAUAAUUUGCAUAUAUUCGGUUUACUUGAGUUGUUACAUUGAUGGCUGAGCGAGUGCAGUUGUACUUGUGUGGGUGACUUUAAUUUGUUAGCAUAAAUCAAACUUUCAAGGCAUGUCAAAUGUUAGUAUUUUAUGUUACCUGGGCUAAAACUGAUCCAAGUUUUUUGACCAAAUGAACAUUGUUUUUAAAAAUUUACAUGUUUUUCGCUUGAAUCUUCAUUUGUAGACUUAACAGAGGUUAUAAAACGUUUUCAACAAAAAUCAGUUUCAGUCAUCAAUUCGCAACUAUUUUGAUGGACCAACGACUCCGUAAUGUGAUGCUGUAAUUAGCCUGUGAAUAGGCCUUUGUUCAAGCGGGGAACUGGGGAGAGGGAAAAGCGAAAAGGCCUAUAGACAAACAUUUGGGACCGCUGUUCCACAGCACCCACUCUGCAUCAGAUCCUGAUGCAAGCUCCUAUUUGCGAGAACACUGACUGUUGACAGGUCUGAUUGACAUCGGCUUUUGAGUUGGCAUGAGGCACACGAUUUGAUCUCAAAGUGGCAAUAACAAAACAGUCCAAAGACUGUUAAGCUUAUUCAAAAGCUAUAACCAAGGCACGAAUUACUCGCUCCAGUCAAAAGACUCACACUAUCUUUAGAAAAACACUGCGCUGAAGUUUACCAAGUCACAAUGCAAUUCUCCAUAGUUGAUGCAGCUUCGGUUAAGCUGCACUUCAAUCUUAUAAUUUCGGAUCUGUAAAUCACUAUCCGUGUAGGAGUGGGCAUCUUGGUUAUUGAUGAAGCGAGCAUAGAGCAUUACAAAAAACAGUAGUACAGUUUUACAAACUAAGGGAAAAUUACAGCAUUAAAUAAAAAAAAAAUUGGGGUUGACAGAGAUGCCUCGAAUGGCUCUCGCAUAGGUUGACAAACCUUCAAUAGUCUACGAGCCCCUUGAGACACUUUACAAGCACGCCUUAAAUACUUCUGCAGUAUUAUGCUACCUACAUGUAAUAUAUCUUCUCUUGUGAAACUAACAAAACGUUACAAUAUAUAUAUAUAUAUAUAUAUAUAUAUAAUGGGCACUCACUAGGACUCACUUGUACAGACUCUUGUUGUGAUGGACAUAGAGGUUUAAGCGGCAUCCUCAAGUAUGUUCUGUGGGCAAAAUAUUGAAACCUACAUGUAUUUCAGUCUUUAAUUUUGUAUCAUUACUUAUAAUUUCUGAAGCAUCAAUAAAAUUCCUUCUACUGUUUUACCUGCUUGCAGUCUUGAUGCCUAGGGUACAUGUAAUUCAGUCCAGUUUUUGUAAAUAUUUUCAUGGUUUAGUUGCUCCUACAGUUGUUGUCAAUGUGAAUACAUGUUUCUCUUCCAACCCAAAUGUUUUCAAAGAUGCUUCCUCUCGCAUUCAUUAUUAUGGACUCUCACCACUACAGACACUAACCCACAGUCCUGAGACUGUCUGCAAUAUCUGGAGUUGACUGCAUUAUGUUAAAUCAUUUGAUAGGUUGGUUGCCAAUAUCAGCCAUGAAUUAUGUUGCUGAUAUGCUGGAAAUGCCCAGAAUGAGAGUGUAUGAAGUGACAACUUUUUACACCAUGUUUAACAGGUUAGUUGUGUUGAAUACAAGCCUUUUGAACAAAAAGUACUGUAUGUUAUCUUUCUUGUGAGCAUCCCCGUUUUAUUAUGGUGCUGUCAUUUGGGAGGGUGUAAAUAAUAUUAGUAAAAUCCAACUAAUGGUCAUCAAUACUGUGUUCUGAUUGGUUGAGCUACUACUAGGCUAUAUGUUAUAGCCCACUAGUAGUGAAAAGCGCUGGUUUUGAAAACCAAAAGAAUGGCGCCUGAAUGGCGUUUAGCUAGCUAAAGUUGUUUUGUAAGUUAUAUCAAUAAUUAUUUUUGACUAAAACAAUAUUAUUCCUCUUGUGCUUCUUUCAGGGAACCUAUUGGAAAAUACCAUAUUCAAGUGUGCACGACAACUCCCUGCCAGCUGAGAGAUUCUGACAUGGUGGUGGAUGUAAUAAGAAAGAAACUAGGUAAUUAUGGUAAAUACUUCCAAUCUGCAUUUCAGUUAUUGAGGAGGGUGGUGAGAGGGGGGCGGGGGGGGGAGGCAAACUUAUCUUAUUCAUGAUUGACCAUUUGUGGUGUCUGUGAUUUAUUGUGAUUGAAGUGCACUCCAUGAAACAUGAACUGCCAAAAUCCUCCUGUACAUAUACAUUGAAGAUGAAUUGAAGAAAGUAAAUCAUUAAUUUGGCCAAACAAUCUUAACUAGCAUCUCGUGGCUUGAUUUUACGUCACUUUUGAAUCUGUAAAUGUAACUUUACACUUCUGUGCACUCAGACCCACCUACUACUGUCUUCCCUGGGGAACUUAUAGCUGCGCAGAGAUCACCCAAACACGUGGCCGAGAUCAAAUACACUAUUUGUUUUGUGACUCAUGAAACACACAAAAUUGUUGUUUGUGAACUCGUGAUGAGACCCCCCGCCCCCUUGACGGCCCUCAUUAUUGACAGCUGGUAUUGUGUUUUUAGUACACAGUUAUCCCAAUAAAUUUCUUUUCUCAUAAUGAUGAGAAAUCUUUUGGGAUAACUACAUUGUAACUAUGUAUCAUUUAUCUUCAGGUAUCAAGAUGGGGGAGACAACGAAAGAUGGAAUGUUUACUCUGACUUCUGUGGAAUGCUUAGGAGCCUGCGUUAAUGCACCGAUGAUGCAGAUCAAUGAUAACUACUUUGUAAGUAUCAUAAAUUAAGUGUCUUACAAAUAUACUCUCUACCUAAGUUUCAUAACUCUCAAGCAAGUCAAGGAGCCACAGUUGUACAUGUACAUUGUGUAUGAUAUAGAAAUGAGUCAGAUUCAGCCACUAAUAAUGUACCACCUACACUGUAUUUGAGUCAAAAUUAAAACAAUUAAUAAUAAUGUAACAAUAAUAUAAUACAGAUGUAGAUAACGACUUUCAAAAGCUGUGAGGGAAUUGAAAAAGAUGGCACCAAUAAAUUAAAACAGUUUUUCAAAGUUAAUCCUCAACAUUAAUUUUGAAAUGAAUUUUUGGAUUUUUAUUCUCAGAAAGCAUGUAAUUUGUUUUUGUGCCAAGAAGCAAAUAUCUUGUCGUUCAUUUUAUUACUGUUUCUGCAAAUGUUUCUUUUAAUAGCCAGUUACUGGUAAGGUCUAAACAAAAUGGACUAAAUUGCCAUACGUAGCACAACUCUGUAAUGUAAUAUUUUAAUUUAUUAUUAAUUUUGUUUCAUAGGAGGAUCUCAGUGAGAAGGACACAGAAGAGAUUCUUGAUGACCUUGUUGCUGGAAGAACUCCAAAAGCUGGACCCAGGUAAAAUACUACGACAGUUGAACCUUCUGUAAACAACCACCCAAAAGGUAAAGGUCACUUACAGGAGGAAGUUGCUUACCACAAUCAAACCACUGGCAAACAGACUCUUCCACAAGGAGAUCUGAACUCAUUUUCUUUUUUGAAGAGAAUUUAUUACAUGCACUUUCUACAGUGCUGUACAUGGGAGAGGCGAGAAAAGAUAUUUCCUGCCCCUCCCAGUUUCCAUGGUAAAAGCCCCCAGGGAUGAGGUUGAGCAGUAUCAUGUCUUACCCCCUAGUAUAUGGUAUAAAUGAGCACCCAAGUCAAUUUUAUAGGAAAGCACUCCUCGGGACUGUAUAUCCAAGGUAGUAUUCUAGCAAAUAAUUUGUGCAAGAACCACUUGGAUAAACAGAGGCAAGGGGAAACAGGAUCCUGGUGUACCGUAGAUCAGUAUCAGCAAUAUAGAAUAACAAUAACAUAAAAUUGAAGGCAAGGCUGAUUGGACGUGUAUUUGCUGCCUUCAUCAUUCAUUAUUGUAUUCAUUCAUUCUUUGGCUGUGACUGUCUCUUUCAGGAGUGGUCGUUUCUGCUGUGAACCUGCUGGUGGUCUGACGUCAUUGACCGAGCCACCGAAAGGCCCAGGCUUUGGAGUGCGAUCAGACUUGUGAACUUUUUAUUGUCUAACGAUUGAUAAAACCUUGUACA